CAUGGCCGUUUCGUAGCGUGACCGGUUUGACUUAUAAUCAAGACUUAAAGCGUCUUAUGUUCGUGAUAAGUAAUAUAAAUAUUGUAUGAUUAUAUUUGUUACACAUUAGGAUACCAUCUACAGAAUCAUGUCUGGUAUUAGUCAUCAAAGACUUCUUGAAAUGGAGGCGGAAAUGGACAGGUUCGAAGCUGAAAUUGUGUCUGAACCUGCUGCCAACGACCUGCCUAGGGUGAUUGGUUCCCACACAUAUCAUGAGGUAUCUGCACAGCUCAAGCUACUGCGAGCACAGUCUGGUAUGUCAGACGAGGAGUGCAAAAGAACACAACAACAGAUUGCGGGUCAGCUGAAGGCACUUCGUGAGGCCUCAGAAAGACAAGCCAGGCGUGUCAGUGAGGAGGAAGAGGAGGAGGAGGAUGCUGACAAGUAUAACAUCGGUAAGGCCUCAGAGAGACAGGCUAGGCGUGUCAGUGAGGAGGAAGAGGAGGAGGAGGAUGCUGACAAGUAUAACAUAGUUGGUCGCAACGAGCCUCCAGCCAAGAAGCCAAUGUUGGACCCCAGUAUAUCUAUGCUUCCACCACCACCACCACCGCCCAUCAUGUCAGCUCCGACUCCCACACCAUCCUUCGUCCCACACCAGAUUCGACAUAGAGCACCACCCCCUCCUCCACCCCCAUCGCACCCGGGCGGUCCUGGGGGAAUGAGUGGCCCUCCUGGGGCUGGGAUGAGAAUGAGGCCGCCACCCCCUCCCCCACAGCACAUGCAAGGACGACCUCCCUUUGGAGGGCCCCAUGGUCCCAUGCACGGCGGGCCACAGCAUGGGGGUCCUGGACCAGGCUUUCAUCCAGGGAUGGGCCCAAUGAGGCCAAUGGGACCUGGAGGACCAAUGAGAAUGCCUGGCCCGCCCCGGCCUGGAUUCAUGCAUGGCCCCCCCACCCAAAUGGGGGGCGGUGGACCAAUGAACCAGUCCCCAAUGUACGGGGUCAGUUCAGGUCAGGGUCAAGGGCACAUGGAGAAUGUGCCACCACCUAAAAAGGAGGAAGAGAAGCCUAGGGUGAUUUAUGCUUCGGCACCUGUACUAACUGUGCCCCUGAAAGAAAAGAAGAAAAAGAAGAAGAAAGGUGAUAAGGAUGGUGGCAGUAAGGAAGAAAAGGAUAAGUCAGGUGAGGGUCAUUCUGAGACGGCUGGUCCCUCUCUGCCCAGCAGUCUGGCCUCGUACACCAUCACAAUGCCACCUCCGGUGGACAACAUGCAGGUAGCAGACAUGGAGCUGGAUGGAACAGCAAUUCCGACCAAAAAAGAAAGGAAGAAGAAAGAGAAAAAGUUUGUACGAAUGGCUGCCGGCACAACCUGGGAGGACCAGUCUCUCUCUGAAUGGGAUCCAGAUGAUUUCCGGGUAUUCUGCGGAGAUUUAGGCAACGAAGUCACAGAUGAGGUCCUGUCAAGGGCAUUUAACAAAUAUUCAUCAUUUGUAAAGGCAAAAGUGGUGAGGGACAAGAGAUCUAACAAAACGAAAGGCUACGGAUUUGUAAGCUUCAAAGACCCCAAUGACUAUGUACGGGCCAUGAGAGAAAUGAACGGUAAAUAUGUUGGGAAUCGACCAAUCAAGCUUAGAAAAAGCAACUGGAAAGAGAGAAAUAUUGAAGUCGUGAAAAAGAAGGAUCGCGAAAAGAAACGUCUGGGACUUAAAUGAGGACUUUUAGGUGUAAAAGUAAUGUCUUUUAAAACACAUAGGAGAAGAAGUGGCAUAAUCUCCAAAUAUCAAGAUUAUCAUUUGUUUAAUAUGGAAAUGUGUCAACCAUCAUUUUGUGACGUAGAGUCUUUGUAUGAUUAAGCAAAUUUGAUUGAGAUUAACAGACAUUUGAGCUGGACUAUUCACCAUUGGCUGUUGUUUACAUUCUUUCUGAUCAAGUUUUUAUAGGGGGUUAUUUUAAGUGCAAACCUUUUUAAGUAUGACAUCCUUAUACAGUCAAUCUUGUGCUUUAGACCACUUGAAUUAAGCGACUUUUGUCUUAUGAGACCAAUUUGAAUCCCGUCCGAGCUUUUUUACUAUAUUUUCAUAUUGUAUUAAGCGACUUUUGUCUUACGCGACCAGAGACCGCUGAUUUUAGUGUAUUUUUAUGUCCAAGUCUUGAAUUAAGCGACCACUUUGAGGUAAACAUGGUAAAUCUGUUGACCGUUCAGGGACAAAUAAGUGCUAAUUGCUUAUCAAUGUCGAUAAGAUUAACGAUUACACCUUCAUUUAUUUUGAUUUCACACCAGCCAUUUUCCUUUGUCUCGAUGACCGGUUCUGACCGGUGUUAACGCUGACUGCGUAUCAAUUUUUAGUGUUGAAUAAUACAGCGAGGUAUUGCCAACAGUCUACGGGUUAAAGAUUUUACUAUCUGGGACGUUAAGUGACACAUUUGAUCGCCGAUUUUAUUGCAGAAACGAUGCGCCGACACGACAAACAUUUUCACAGCGUUCUCGAGAUGUGUAAAAAAAAACCUAUUAAUUGGUAACAUGUGUCGAAAUCAGUUCAUUAAAAAAUUGUAAUUGCUAUUAUGCUAAUUAGUUUGUGUUAGCAAAUUUUUCAAUCAAGCCUGUUUAUUUAGUUUUCAAUCGACGUGUUUUAUUUAUUUAGCUAUGUACCAUAAUCAAGACUGAUUUCCAUUAGCUUACAUGCAGAAAUUAAAAUGUCAAAACGGAACGUUAAAUGAGACAAUUUGGGUUACUUGGAAGUGUCUAAGAGAAAAAGUGCACGUAAAUUAAAUCUCGAAUGAGUUUCAAGUCGGAAAACCCAAAUUCUCCAUGCAAACCAUAUACAUUGUAUUUUAAUUUAAUUCUAAAUACAUUCAAUUAGAGAAAACAAAUAAAUCUAAUUUUAAGUAAAA